AUGUCGCAGAGUCCCAGUCGAUUUGAUGUUUCGUCUGUAAAUGUUUUGUGUCUUACUAUAAAAACAAAGAACAGUUUAUUAAAUAUUUUUAUCGGGUAAAAGGUUAAAGAAACCUUAUUUUACGUUGGUGGCUCAAUAUAUUCAUCAUCUGGCUAAUGAAUCUGAGGCAGACGGUGCGCUCGUUUUACCAGACUCCCCCUCCCCUAAUCCUCCCGCCCCACUCCUCUCUGUUCAUAUAUGUUGGUGCUCUACUGCACGAGUACUAAAAACUACCAAAACUAUGAAAAAGAAACAAGUCGAAACAAGGAAUUGAGGUCUGGGAAUCGAGAUGAUCGGAACCUCUUGCACAGAUCAACCAGUUUCAAAGGAAAACCGGCUGACUUUCUUAGUUUUCAUCCUGCAAGGCUAUUGGCUAUUAAAUUCACAGGCUCCUAUCCAGGCAUCUACAAAAAGUGAUAAUCAAGCCCGGGAGGUACUCCCGCGAAUUUUGGAUAGGGGUGUACCGGGAAGGUUCGUGAAUCCUAACCCUAUUCAAGGACUAAGAAAGCGAAAACUGAUACCCUUUUUAAGGCCGAAAGCCGAAAAAAGACGCCCUAUUCAAGGAAAAAACAAAAUUGUUAAUAACAUGAAAAGGAAAACUAUGUUUCUUCCCUGUAACAUUGGAUGUAUAGCAUCAAGCAUAAAAUACUAGAAUAAGCCUAGUUUAAAAAAAGAAUCUUCGUUUAGGUGGGCGUUUUCACACCCCAGUAUUAGAUAAUACAAUUAAGCUACCCUAUCUAAGGACCACACCAGGGACACAGAAACAAAAGGGUCAAAAAAGAUACCCUAUCUAAGGACCGAGAACCUCAAAAACCACACCCUAUUCAGCGGCACGUACCUAUAUUGCCCAUAUAUGGGAGUACCCCCCUCCCGGGUAAUCAAGUCAGUACUGACAGGCUAGCGCAAGCAACCAAGACUGUUUCUAAGACUUGCGCCGAUGUGCGAACUGUCCAAGUUUCUUUGCCUGAUGUUUUUAACUCAAAGAGCGCCGCUGCAGUUGGAAAUGUUUCAUCCGAGGCACAGAUAAUCAAGGACGUUUUUAAGGAAGUAGUUGAUAAACGUGAUUGCCCUUGAGGCUAAUGUACCAGUAGCUUUUGAAAGCGUUGGAGAAACUUUGAGUGAUAUCCAUCCAAAAGGUGACAAGCUAAACGUCACAAUAUUUAUCACGAAACAAUACAAUAUUACAAUAGAAAUUAUUCAGUAUUUAAGGCACUAAAAUUAUGUGAUGUGUGAUUGCCUCUUUUUCAGUUCUUUGGCUUUGGCCAACACGUAUCUAGCUACAAUUGUAGACAAGUUAGAGUUGAACACGUUUGUAACCGUUGUUUGUCGUCUUCUCCAUAUUCCAGCAACGCAGUGCAAAUUGAUCGCAAACAUGUUUUAAACGCUGAAGCUAGGGAUUUUAUCCCUGUCUUUCCCUUAACUAACCGAUUUGAAGCAGAAGAUUUCAGCUGAGUGGAGCUUGAGUAAUAUUAAUAAUAUUGCAUUACUGUAGUUGCACACUUAAAAAUCAGCAUUUAUGAGAACUAAAAAAGGAAUUGCAUAAUAUGAAUGCUCUGGUCUUCUGAAUUUUUUUGGCCUUUUCCUCGUCAAUAGAAGGGCUUGGGAGAGAUCAUCUUGGGGGAAAAGAUAGGGAAAAGGAGAAAGAGGAAGAUCAAGAAUCAGUAAGAAAGGGACAUAUCGGAUGUUUUUGA